UAGAAUAGAAAACUAGCAAUCAUGCAGAUUUCCGUAAUAUGCCUAUUUGGCAUUGUGACUUGUGCCUCGGCACAAUUGGAUUUUGUUUUCAACUUUGGAAAAAGCUUGUCCCUAUUUCCUUUUGAGCAGAUUUCUAAAAAUGCCUCAUUUAACGUUGGACUUGGUCGACAAAGACGGCAGCUUUCACCAUUUCGCAUCGAAAGCAUUCAACCAGAAGCGAAAUUCGAAUUCAAUUUUGGAAUUCUACCAGACGAAGCAAUUUCGCAACCAGGUAGAUCUGGAUCAGGCAGACCUGGACCAUCCGAAACUAAACCAGAUGGAUCUGAAUCAGGUGGAUCUAAAUCAGUUGAAUCUAAGCCGGCUGAACGUAAACCAUUCAGACCGUUCCGAAUUUUUCCACUAUUUUCACUAUUUCCACAUUCGUCUCGUGAUGAACCUCAUCACAGACCUCAUCACAGACUUCAUCACAGACCUCAUCACAGAUUCCAUCACAAAUCAUCGACUUCUACUGUUCAACCUACUGUUCAAUCAAGUACAAAUGUAGUAUCACAAAGUGUUGGAACUAGUACAACAUCAUCUGACAGUACCAAAUCAACAACAGUUUUGAGUAGUACUUCUACUAGCUCUACCACUGAAUCUUCCGAUGAAUCCAACACUGACUCUUCCGCUGAAUCUACCACUGAACCUACCUCUGCAUCUACCGCUGCAUCUUCUACUGCAUCCAGUACUCCAUCUACCUCUGCACAAUCUACUGAAUCUAUCGCUGAAUCUACUUCUGAAUCUACUUCUGAAUCUACUUCUGAAUCUUCUACUGCAUCUAGUUCUCCAUCUACCACUGCAUCUACUAUUGAAUCUACUACAAUUGAAGUUGUAUCUACCACAUAAUCUUCAUCAUAAUUUUCAUCUAAAUCUUCCACAUAGUCUAACACUAUUUACCGCUUAUUAUAAUAGCUAUCUUCCAUAAUUUACAAAAAAAAAAAAGAAACAAUUAAUAUAGCCAGUAUUAUGAUGAACAAUUGGAAUCUAACUAGGCAUUUAUAUAUAUUUCUAAAACUGUAAUAUUUCUAGGAUUGCUAUUAAAUACUUUAUAAUGCUUUCGUGUGAAUAAAAAAUAUAUAAUAUA